UCGGCUCUCAUGCCCAUUGACCCCUCUCCUGCAGAUGGCUCACUCAUUUGUGGAGCGUCAAAGAGAAAGUAAAAGUAUCUUUUUUUUGUAUCAGCUCAGUAGGAGCUCGUGUUUGGCAGGCUUAAGGAGUGUCUGCGGUUACCCAGGAAAAAUAACUACACUCGGCGAGCACAAUCCAGCGAGCCGAACCGGUCAAAUUCCACAAUGCAGAACACGGAUCAGGACCCAAUUUUCUGUCCUGACUACGGAGCUUUACCAGAUGAUUUAUCGGAAUUCAUGAAUGACAGUUACUUGGUGAAGAUGCUUGACACGGAUGGCCUCUUUAGUGAUGAUCCCAUGUUAAUUUUCGAUGACAACAACUUCAGUGACACUCCCUUGGCAAAAGAGCCAGACUCACGCAGAAAUCAACAGGUAGAAAAAAUUAAACCAACGAGAAAAACAACAAUUCUUCAAAAAAGACCCAGAGCAGCUACACUAUCAAAACAUAGGACAACGGGAAAAAAGAAUUCCACACCAAAAAAACAAAAAGCUGAUGGUACUGGCGUGGGACCAGUGCAGAGUGAGGGGGAACUAUCGUGUCCCUCCACACCGCCACAAAGCAUCCUUCAUCUCCAACCCUCCAUUCAGUUUGUCACAAUCCCAGAUAUUACAUUUUAUCAGUUUAAGAUGCAAACAAUCUGUCCUCCAGUUAUCAGACUUCCAUUCCCCAAUGCUGCUGCACCAGCAUACCUAUUAGUACCUGUACCUCCUUCGCCAUCAGCAUACAAACUCCAAGUGGCACCCUUUUCUCCAGAGGACAGUGCAGUAGUACCUGCCCUAAUGAGCUCAUCCCCAUUCGGAACAUUGUCAGACACCACAAGCAAAGUCAUGUCUCCGCCGUGCAAUUAUGAGAGUGUAAAGAACUACAUUAAAAUCGCCAAAGCCCAUAUGCAUCAAAUCUGCGAGGAGAUGGAGCCAGGGCUAACUUUGAGCUCUCAUUUUGUGGAUGUGCAAGUGAUUCAGAGAGAGAUGUUUUGCUCAGGGAAAGAAAAUAACAAGUCCCUGCACAAAGAACUGGUGUCCAUGGGAGAUAUGGACAGGCAAAAAAGAUUGAUUAAGUUGAGUCAGAUAUUUGAGAAUUCGAAUGGAAACAAACCCAAACGAUAUAUACUUCUACUUGGCAAAGCCGGCAUGGGAAAAACCACCCUUAUCAGGAAGCUAUGCCAGGACUGGACCAGAGACUGCAUCCCACAGUUUGACUUUGUAUUCUUGUUGAAUGACGCUCAUCUAAUCUCUUCAAGAAAAUCACACUAUAGUCUUCAGAGCCUCCUACUCGACCUGCCCACCUUUGCCAUUUCCACCAUUAAUAUCGAGGAAGUGUACGCACAAGUCCUUAAAGCCCCCAAACGUGUACUCAUCAUUUUUGAUGGUUUUGAUGAUCGGGACUAUGAAAUACUAUUUCAAGAAAAAGACUUUACAACCUUGUUAGAGAAAGACACUAAAGCAAAGGCCUUUACAGUUAGAAAGCUAUACUCUGCCAUCCUCCAAAGGGUGGUCCUUCCAGGAUCAAUUCUUCUGAUUUCUGCCAGACCAAGAGGCACUGCCUACCAUCUAUUGCGGCGACAUGACAGCCUUUUGGAGGCUAGUGGAUUUACCCCUCUAUAUAUAGAAACAUAUUUCUCCAGGUACUUUGAUGACCCUAAUCUCAGAGAAUUUGCUUGGAAAUGCUUAGAAAAGUGCAGCUAUCUACGUCACCUUUGUUGGAAGCCUGGACUCUGUCGACUGGUGUGCUUGGUUGUGGAACACUCUGAAGGUUCAGAGAGCCUUCCAAGAACUUUAACUGAGCUCUGCCAUCAAGUACUUUGUAUUAAAAUGAAAAAUGACAACUGGGGCUCUUGCACUCAGGCUAAACCUCAAGCUCAAAUACCGCUACAGUCUUCAAGACAAGACUCAAGCAGAGCUCAGGUGAGAAAAACAACAAGGUGGUCAACAAAGGGGAAAAGUCAAAUAACAGAUGAGAUUAAGACUGCUCAUGGGGAAAUCUGUGAAAAAAAAAUUAUGUCCCGUUUGAGCUCUUUGGCCUGGGAAGGAGUGAAGGCCAACACAUCCAUCCUUCCCAAAGAAGUAAGCUUAUGCUCAAAACUCAAGACAUUCGGGCUCAGGAAGGGAGUCUUCCUCACUUGUCAAGUGAGGGCAAACAAGGUCUGCUCCCUUUGUGAGAGUGAGGAAGUAGAAGGAGAGAAAGAAAGGAUAUUAGAGAGUGAAAAUGCAGAAAGGCCAAAUCAACAAAGUACAGACUUUGAAGAAAAUUCUGUCAGUGGCAAUGACAUCUUGCUGUGGACGGAUCCCUUCGUUCAGAGUUACCUGGCAGGACUCCAUUUGUCCAUGAACAGAAAUGUUUGGAACCAGAACCUUUUCCAGAACCUACCCUCCAUUUCUGGCCCAAAGGGACGUCGGCGUCCACAAGGAGAGGUACAAGAACUAACUCGGCGAUUUGCUUUCACCAUCCAGUUCCUUAACAGAACCGAGCUACACAGGCUUCAUCUAGACAUAAACCUCAACAAACGGGCCUUAAUCUCUGAACAUCUCAAGGGUCUUUCCCUUGCUGACCUGUGCCCUGAUCAGGUCUUGGAGGCAUGCCACUAUGUUUUUGAAGCAAGUUUCUCACAUGGCAACGGGAGCAGUGACAGUGAAAAAGCACCAUUAGUCACUCACCUGGCAGCAAACCUACCCGAGUUCCUCACAUUCCGUGGCGUUCCACUCGGCCCACCAGAUGCAUACGUUGUGCACAAGAUUCUUGAAAGGGCUGAAAAAGGAGGUAGAGGUUUUUCUUUGGAUCUUGAGGACACUGGGAUUCCAAUUUCAGGACUCAGGUCCCUGAUUGGUCUUGGCAGCUGCAGUACAUACAAGGCAUGCAUAGCUGAUGUAAUUGCCCUGUGGGAGCAGUUAGAGCAGAGUGGUGAAAAGAAGCCGCUUCAAAAUUUUGUGACCAAGUUCAAGAUCCACCCUCUGAAGGUGAUGCAAGUGUCUCAAAUAGAACAUCUGUCAAAGCUUGUGAACAUUCAUAUGCACAGGAGGUUGUCAUACUGUCUCAGAGAACCUGAUCCCAUCCUAGAUGAGGGAGUUCCAGCAGUCAAGGAGCUACACAAACUGGAGUUAGCGAUUGGUCCAGAACGUGGGCCCCAAGCUAUCCCCAGGCUUUGGGAGUUUCUACCAAGUUUACAUGACCUCCAGCACCUAGAUUUGGAGGGCAAUAAGAUUGGAGACCAAGGAGCUGAGCAAUUGGCUGAUACAUUCUCCUCCCUCUGUUUUCUGCAGAUACUCAAUCUGUCACAGAAUUAUAUAGGAGACAAUGGGGUCAAAAAAAUGGUGACUACACUAAAGGAUUUACCCAAACUGCACUGUUUAAUCCUCUACAGUAACGUGAUUUCUGAUGAAGGUGCCUCCACUUUAGCCGCUGUCCUCCCUCACAUGGCAUCACUGACUGACCUAGACGUGAAGUAUAACAAGCUAUCAGAUGUUGGUGCACAAUGCUUGGGAGCCAGCCUGAAGGAAUGUAAGAAAAUGAAGACUUUGAGGAUGUGGAACCAAUGUAUUCCAUAUGGUGUAUUUGAGAGGCUUCAGCAGCAGGAUCCCAGGAUCCUUUGGCAUUAGUGCAAUUUAGACAACCAGGCUGACGCACCCACAUGCACACACUAAUUUCUGGUCACCACUUUACCAUAGGUAAUGUAUGUGCAGGCCAUAUAGAACAGCAUACUUAGAAAGGUAGGCAAGGAAAUGCAAUCACAUGGGAUAUUAAUUGUCCAUGGUUAUUCCAAUAUUUCACUGAGUGCUUAAAUAAAUUGCCCCUUUGUCGCCAUACAGUUUGUACUAUAGACACUAUUGUUUGACACUGGACCAAUAAUGUCUCAAAGAUGACUAAGGUCAACAAAACUUACUUCUUUGUAUUUUGUUCUUU